GAGUUGCAGCGGCUGGAGGAAGUCCGUGACGAAGCCCGCGACGCCUCUCCACGGCUGCACGCAGCCCUACGCUGCAGUGCCGACCGGGGGCGCGAGCCUUGUGCUGCCGCCAACGGGGUCAGUGCGCACUCUGAGCAUGGCGGCAUUCCGCCUGGACGCGGAGAGUGUCACCAUGAUCGUGGGCCAGAGCAUCACGAUCCAGCGCUCGGCGGGCGCACGUAUGCUCGUACUGGCACUGGCGAUGCAGGCGGAGCGCCUCGACAAGGGCAUGCACGUGAUCAUGAUCCAGCGCUCGGCGGGUGCUCGUAUGCUCGUGCUGGUACAGGCAACGUAGGCCCAGCACCUCGACAAGGACAUGCUCGUGGGCGACUUUCCGAAGAGCUCGAACGGCAAGCUGAUCUUUGCGACGAUAGCCGUGGAGCCGCUUGCGGGGGUCCAGCUGGACACGCUGGACGCGGAGCUCUGCACCGCGAUCGGAAGCGGGAGCACCAUGGGCUCAGGUCGGGAGAGCAACCCGACCUCCGCAAUGCUCACGGAGUCCCGCCCAGCGCUGCAGCUGCCCCGGCGCCAGCGAGGGCCCGCCACGAGCGAUGCCACUCGGAUCUGCUGUCGCAAGGGCCCGUGCCCGGCACCAACGCAGAGGGCGCAGCGGCCCCAGGAACCCGCCCGCCGCGCGCCGCCAGAGCAGGGGGUGCGCAGCCCCGCUCGGGCCGCUCGCCGCUCGCCUCGAGGCCUGCCGGCGGGGCGGCUGCGCAGGCGCUGAUCCCAGCCGUGCCGCCCGGGACGUGGCAGGCCGUCGCGCCGCCUCCCGCCGCGCCGCGCCGCCCAGAAGCGUUGCGGCCGCCGCUGCUCGCGGGGCACCCCUCCCGCGCAGAUGGCAGGGCAGCGGCCGCAGUGCGCACCGGCACGGCCGGGGAGGCGGAGCAGGCCGGCGCGGGCAUCGAGGCGUCGGCCGCCGCGGGCGCGGAGGUGCAGGUGGGCGGCCUCGAGGCGGCGAGCGCGGGCACGCUUCUCUGGCGGCGUCGUGUUCGCGGGCGCGACCGCCACCAUCUUCACCGGCAGCAGCGGCAACAGGCCGACGAGGGCUCAGGGGCGCAGGUCGACGCGGGCGAGCCAGUGAGCGGCUUUGAGGCGGGCACGGAGGUGCAGUUGGGCGGCUUCGAGGCGGCGAGCGCGGGGAUGCUUGUCUGGCGGCGUCGCGUUCGCGGGCGCGACCGCCGCCAUCGUCACCGCCCUUCCGCCUUUUCCAGCUCUUCCGACGGCGGAGGGAGCGGGUCCGUGUCGAGGGACAGCGGUGCUAGCGGGACAGAGCGACAGCGGUGGGCCGAUCAGGACUUCGGGCAAAAUGGCCUCGUCGUGGAGGACUUCGAGGAAGAGAGGGAGGAGGAGGCGAGGCUCGGCGAGAUCGGCCGCACAGGUGGUGCCGGAGUGGGCGUGCAGGAGACGAUCGACGCGGACCUGCACGGUGUGCUCGACGAGCCCGUACGUUGGAGGUAGGAGUGACCGCGAGCGUCUCUUCGGCGACGUCGGGCCCCACACCUCCGUGGAGGUGCUGGGGGCAGGUGGCGGCAGCGGGAGCGGCGGGAGCCUCGCGAGGUGGGCCUGCAGAGGGCCUCGGCGGGGUCGUUGGCGGAUUCAGGCUGGCGCUGGUGGCGCGCCAUCGACAGAUGGCACUCGGGGUCCUGGAUGAGGCGGCCCUGUGUUAUGAUCAACGUAAACCCUAUGUUUAACCAGGUCUGCUGUCCACCGCUUGGCCCGUGUGCCAUUUGCCGAGCCUGGCGCGCACAGGCUUGUCGCGUCUCCCUCCUCCCUUGCAGCAGCCGGCAGGCAGGCCAGGCCGCCGUGCUGGCCAGAUCUUUUGGAGGAGGCGCUGACGCGAGAAGGG